GGAGGCUGGUGUUCAGAGCAGAGCUGGAGACGAGCAGAGCCUGAGCCUAUUGGUUUUUACGGAGGCUGUGCGCGCUAUAAAAGCUGCCUGCGCGUGUGCGAGCGCAGCAGCGUCUUGGAGAGGACUGCGCCUUCAGCCGGAGCGGAGCGCACCACACAUCACUGGACCCACACGCAGACACACGCGGCGCAGCCAUGAGUGAGAGACAAGCAUCUGGAGCAACAACUGGAAACAGCAAACCAUCUGCUGGCCAAGGGCCUCAAGGUCAACCAAAGGUUCCAUCUAAACAUGAGAAGAAGAACAACGUGCCGGAGGACUUCGACAUCGACAUGAAGGACCCCGAGACGGAGAAGGCUGCCGUCGCCAUCCAGUCGCAGUUUAGGAAAUUCCAGAAAAAGAAGCAGGAUGUGAAGUCGUAGAGCGAACAUGGUCCGCUGCGUCCUCACAUAAUUUGGGCCUGGUCUUGCAUGUCAACCAAAACUGCACUGUCAUGAACUGAGAGGGAAGGGUGGAGGGUGGGAUUCCUGAAGGUGGGGGGGCUAAACAGUAUCUUUGUGAAAGUCUGUGCAAAAUGUAUAACUUAAAAUGAUUAUUAUUUACGACAAUGAUACAUGAUCAAAUUCUGGGUGUAUGUAUUUAAAUCUUUCCUCUAAUUUCUGUAUCAUUUUCCAGUUUUUUACUUGGGUCACACUUUGAGCUGAUAUUGGUGUUUCUUAUGGCACAUUCAGUGUAAUAUAACCAUGUAAACAGAACAAACAUCAUAAAAUGUCACUUAUUCUCCUUAAUUCAGGGGUAAUUUAAAGCCACGUGCAUUUCUGUGAUUGACACUGAAACUCAGCUCAUGAUUUCAUCUUGGUAAAACAUCAUAAUCAAAAUAUGUCGGGCUUCACUGGAGGUUUCCCUCUGGCUGGUAAAAUCGUCUCGUUUCCACUCUGUAUGAUUGAUGCUUUUAAAAUCUAUUCACUGUUUCUAAUUCGCCAACAUGUGUGACUCUAGAUGUUUGUGCUUGUGGUUGAAAUCCAAUUGUGUUUCUGUCCUUGUUUGUGUUCCAGUGUGAUUUAAUCAAUAUCAUUGUUCAAUUGGCUCACACGUGUACUGUAUACUGUACAAGCACACACACAUAUGCAUGCAAGCUUGCACGGAGGCACACGCACACACACACACACACACACACACACACACACACACACACACAGAGAAACAAAUAAAGAAUUGUAAAG